AUGAAAUGGAGCGUUCCGUGUUGUUACUAUCAACUAAUCAUCAAGAAGUUAAACUGCCAGUAAUAUGUAACUAGAAUAAUUCAGAUAUCAGGAAAUCUUUAUCUUAAUUAAGACAGGGUAAACAUUAAACAGAGAAAGAAGCUUCCAUUUAAAUCUAAAAUUUCAACAUAUUACUUUGAUCAGUACUAAAAUAUAGAUGAAAUCCACAAAAAGAAACUAAGACAGUUAAUCAAUUAACCUAUAGAAGGAUAAGCCUAAAGUGCCUUACUAGAACUGAAGAUCAAACGUUUAACUGAGAAGCAAAUUUAAACUGAGUAAAUAAGAAACAAGAUAAUUAAGCGAAUAAAGUUAAAGACUACGAAUUUUAAUGAUUCCUCUCCAGAUCCAAAUCUUUUGGAUACUCCAAGUGGAAUAGAAAAAUAGAAUGACUCAUUAGAAUUAUUAAUCUAGUAGAAGUAAUGGUAUUAAGAUCUUAAAGAGUAAGAACAGAAUGAUAAUGACUAGAUUAAGGAUUAGAUUUACAGAGACACAAAUCAAUAAUUUAGGAGAAGAGAAAGAGUUUAAUCUUGGCUUAAGAAAGGUUCUAAAAAUGCUUAUUGGGAUCCUAUUACUAACACUGCUAUUAUAAAAUUAAAAGAAAUUUGA